UUCACACAGGUAGAACAACUGGGCCGUGUACAUUCUACUUAGCAUGUCAUUAAAAGGUACACAUGUAGUGUGUAACAGUUCCUAUUCAUUGCAAAAGACAGGAAGGUACUAUGAAGUUUUCAGGAGGCAAAAGUUAUGCUGAAUUCAUCAACAGAUCUAUGGAGGACAGAUAAACCAUUUCAAACGGCGUCACUGUAACUAAGGUCAGUAAAAUGGCGGACCGGUUCAGGACUGUCGAUGAUGUGUAUGCGACAGUAAGAAAGUCACCGCCUCAGAUUGCUGACAUUACAUGGGAUGACAAACCAAGACAUCUGAAAGACUUAAUAGUACUGUGUCGAGACCGAAUGCCAUUUGUGGCUAAAAUUCAAAAAGGUACAAUUUCAAGUUACAUCCCCGGAUGGAAAAGUGACAGCUCAGACUCUCGUUCAGAUUCGGAAGAUGAAAUGGAAAAUUUGUUACACGUUCUGGAAGUUCGUUGCCGUAAAAUUAUCAUCAUACGUCGAAUGCAGUGGAAUCGACAGCAAGCAGAAUAUUUACCGUCACAAAAUGAAAUUCAGAUCCCAAUAACAUACAAAGGCUGGUUUGAAGUGCUACCAGACGACGGAAGGGCUGUUGAAUAUUUCGAUUCCAUACAAUCAAUAGCAAACGUAAAACCAAAAAAGUUUUUGGUACGGACAUCCAUUGUUGGAUAUCACCUAGCUAAUGAAAAUGGUUCAAGUAGCUGGCAGCCUUUGGAAGUGAAACCAGGAGAUGUUUUAACGACUGGCAUUGUCUACAUGGACCAAAAGAAAGGAAAAUCUUCCAUGCGAACGUUUUUUAAACGAAUUCUUAAAUCUAGUAAAAAUCACAAAAAAGACCAAGAACUAAAAUAUCUACAAUGCUUUGAUGACCAGGGUAAGGAAAUUAUGGUUCCAUUAAUAAUGACAGGUCUUUUUAGUCCAGUUGGUGAUGUAUCAUCAUGUAACUAUGACGCUGUCUACGAACUCCACGAUCUAGUCAUGGCAUUUAAAUUACCAGCAAAAGCACAACUUGUACAGGAUAUUGAACAAGAAAAUCAGACUAUUGUACCAAAUGGUAUGAUUAUUCUUGAGGGAGUUCAAGAUGAAGAAGUGGUUGGUGUGGCUAAAUUUUCUACAACGGGCGACAGAAAUGCAAUGUAUGAAAUCCAAGCUGAUGCUGAUAUUCGGCUAGUAAAGGGUAUGACUAAGAGUAGGAAAUCACAGCGACAACGCCAAAAUUUUGAACAGGAUGAUGUAGGAUCGCCGAACACGGAAAUGAUACCAGAUCCAUUAUAUAUGAAUGAGACUUCAGAUCCUAUGUUACCAAUGAGAGUAAAAGUCAACAAAAAAUCAAAAGGUAGUGGUAUAUUAGAUAAACUGAGUGUCAGAUCAAAAAGUAAAAAAGAACGUGCCAGUUUAAAAGCUUUACAGACUGCGGGUGUAUUUUCCUCUAGAUUAAGUAAAAGUGAUAUGAAUUUAGAAGAUUUUUUUCAAGUAGGAGAUGAAGAUGAAAACAACGGUGGAACAACUGCAAAAACUGAUACUUCAGCAAAUAGCCCUAAAUUUAUUUCUGAAUUUGAUUCCUUAGAUCAGUCUUCAAAUAAUUUCCAAGACAACUCAAAAUCAGCGUCAUACGGCAUGAUGCGGCAAUAUCCGGUGCAAAAUCGUGAUCUUCCGCCCGUUCCAAAUAGCACGUCUUCACCUAGAACAGGUAUUUACAGCGAUGUUGUUUACGAAGAACUACCCCCAGCACCUCAACCACCGUCAUCACAACAUCAUAAUAAAUUAUAUGGUUCCCACGGAGAUGAAGAAGAUGGUUAUAUGUGUCCAGCUCAGGUAAAACAAAAAUUGCGUUCAGAAAAUCCAUACGGGACUAGUGGUGUUGUAAGAACAAAACCACCAGUAGCUCCUAAAGAAAACGCCAAGCAAAUUCGUGCCCGUAAAGUACGUAGUGCAAUUCCCGGUAACAUACCAGAUUAUGAAGAAUUCGAUAAUAAUGUAAGUAAUUAUUCAAAUCAUUCAAAUAGAAAUCAAAUAUAUUCGUCACCAUAUAGAGCUACGGCACUCGCAGAAACAAAAAGAAAGAGUUCAUUGGAUGAAAGAAUAUUUAACGAUGACCAAAAUUUAGAAACACGAUCAAUGUCUGAUUGGAACCGAACGAAAUCAAGAUCUCAGAAAAAUUUAAAUUUCCCAGCUAAUGCAACUGUUCGAAGCCACAACUCGCGUCGUAUUCGUAAUGUGAUGGAUGUAUUUAAUUAUCAUGACUCGAUCAAUGAUCUAAGACAAAGUAAGGAAGCACUCAACUCGGUAUUUCCGAACAAUGUUGAUGACUACACUGAAAAUGAAGGACUUCGAGAAUCUCGUUCUUUCCCAACAGAAUACGUGAGGUCUGCUUCAUAUGUGUUGUCUGGUGAUCAGGAUAGUCGUCGGUAUCCACGAUCGGCGUCAAAUUCUGGUUUCAGUGAUAUCUAUAGAGGAAACGACUCGGCAAUAUCUGGGGACUAUGGAUUUCACGGAGAUAGCGAGUUCAGCUAUAGUGAGUACUCGGAAUACAUAGAUGAUGGAUGGUUACCUCCGAAUGAUCUAGUUGGCUUAACUGUCAACGAAAUAUCUAAAUCAAUGAGGUAUAUUGGAAUGAAGGACCGUGUUGUCAUAAGACUCGCAAACGAACAAAUAGACGGAAAUUUACUCUGCUCAUUGGACAAAAAGUUAUUAAGGGAAGGGUUUCCUGAACUGAAUGCUUUAGAAAUCAAGAAAAUAGUAGAUUUUAUCAACGGAUGGCGACCGAAGAAAAAGUAAAUACCUAAAUUCCUUAAGCAUUUUAUUAUUCAGGUAAUAUCUUAAAUCUAUUCCCGGACCCAAUAUUUUAGUUAUCAGGGUGCAAACGGAAAACAAAAAUCUUCGCAGAGUAGAGUGCCGCACACUUAAGUUUUCAUAUAACUAAUAUAGAUAACGUUUCGGUUUGAGACAUUUUCGGGCAAUUUUACUGUUGAGAGCACUGUAUUCAAACUGACGGAAAAAUAUAGCCUUCACUAUAUAUAUAUAAAUAAACAUAUGAUUUACUUAUAAAGGCAGCACAAAUACAGGCAGCCGUCAAUAAAUUUGACGUACGAAAUAGCAAAUUUACACAGGAGCGUGCGAGUCUAUACUAAAGGGUACAUGUAUCAUCAUUAAUUUAUUGUCGUUCUUAAAUUUAAUAGGUUCGAGGGUUAAGUAAGUAAUGUAUUAUGGAAACUUUAUAAACUGUAGAUUAUUUUUAAUGUAAUUUUGUAGACUAACUUUUUAAGUUCAGAUACAUUUUGCACAUAUAACGCAAUAAUACCAAUUUUAUAAUAGAAAAAAAAUAUAUCAAAUGAUAGUUCUAGUCAGCUUUGUAACAUAUAUAGAUUUUAAAAUCUUCUAAGUCAUAAGGCCAGUAUGACAUAUUGCCACCAUUUUUCGUCCGUCUAAGUGUUUUUCAUCCUUUUAAGGACCACACUUUGCUUGAUCUAUCAUGGUGAUUAUUUUGAAAUAUUCUACUAAUAAGCCAACAUAACUGCUGUUAAUAAUUCAAAGAAGAAAAGAGGAAUUUACUGAUUAUAAAAUCUUGUUCGGUUUAACCUUCACCGGGAAUUAACCUUCAGAGCCAACUUUCAACAAAUUCGCAGAUGUAUUGCCCUAAAACACGGGGACACAUGUAAAACAGCGCGUUAAAGAAUAGCCAGAAACAUUUUAGAACAACUAUGCCUGAAGAGCAAAUAUCUCUUAACAUUCUAUAACUUACCAAUUGAAAAUCCAUCCUCGUGUACGUGAUAAAUAUUGACAAUGGCCAAGGCACUGUGCGAAUGAAACAUAUUGGGACUAAUAGUCCACCAACAUUGGCAUUGACGCUGUGGUAGAAAAUCAAAACGAACCUUGCAGAAUUUGCUUGUUUUAAAAUUUAACAAGACCAAUUCGUCAAUUGUUCUCUUAGGUUUCUGAAUAUGAAAUAUAGCUGUAUAAAUCUGGUAAAUGUUACUCAUAAAUGGUUGACGCAAUAUAGGUUUCUUAGAGUCACGGUUUUUUUUAUCGUAAAAUGAAAACCACGAACGAUAAUAAAAAAACACAACUUACUGAUUAAUUUUUUUCAUUGAAAACUUUGAUUUCAAUCAACAAAAUUUCGAAAAAAGUAUUUUCAAAGUUUACAAUGAUUUUUAAUCAGAAACCGCAUUUCUCCAACUAUUUGAGCAUUUUUUUUAUAUGUUUGCAUUUUGUAGUUUAAAAAUCAUGACCCAUGUUAGAAUCUUUUUUGCCAUGAACGCGGGCAUUCGUGUUAUACUGAUACAUUUUGGUCUGCUGUUAGUUCUAUUGAAUUUAUAUUUUAUACUAUUAUGAUUAUGUCUUUUCACUUGUUAGACCAUGCAUAUUGUUAUAUUUUUUAUCAUUGUUUAUGUAACAAACCAUGACAUUCUUAUGUUUAUAUUAACAUUGAAUUUUUUUAAGAUAUGAAAUUAGUUGAUUAAAUUCUGACGUAAUCUUGU